AUGAAGCCCUGGACCAAAGCAAUUCUCUGUCUGGGACUAUUGUUACCCUUCAUACAUGCCAAGGCAUCGUGGCCAAAGCCAAUGAGCGGUUUCUUCAAUAUUGAGACCUUUACCUUCGACUCUGGGGAGAUGAUUGACUCCCUCAACGUCAGCUAUCAGACCCUCGGCGAGCUCAAAGUCAAUCCCGAUGGAACCAACAACGCAGUUGUUCUCCUCCAUGGCACUACUGGUUCCAGCGCCCAAUUCCUCGUGGAAGAGUUCGCUGGUGCCCUUUUCAACCCAGGCCAGCCUCUCGACGCCAAUCAACCAGGGCUUCGUGCCUCCUUUCCGAAGUAUCAGUAUCCCGACAUGAUCCGAGCAGACCACCUUCGCCUUACUGAGCACUUCAAACUUAAUCGGACUCGUCUAUCGCUUGGUGUCUCCAUGGGCGGUAUGCACACAUGGAUGAUGGGUGCAGAAUAUCCUGGCUUUUCGGAUGCCUUGAUGCCUAUUUCUUCUUCUCCGGUUGAGAUAGCUGGACAUAAUCGUCUGUUUCGUAAGUUCAUCACUGAGCUUAUCACCAUUGAUCCAGCAUGGAAAGGCGGCGAUUAUGAAAAGCAACCAGCUGCUGGUCUUGGUGGUGCGCUGAUGAUUCAGCUUGUGCUUCUUUCAUCACCUUCAUACUGGCAGCGAGCAUUCCCGACUCGUGAAGCCGUCGAUAAAUACGUCGACGAGCACAUCAUCCCUCGCCUUGAAGAUUUCGAUGCCAAUGAUCAACUCUAUGCUUGGAACGCAUCUCAGACCUACAAUCCCAAAGCAGGUCUCAAGAAUAUCAGGGUCCCUUUGACUGCUGUCAAUACUGCCGAUGACUUGCUGAACCCCAUCGAACUCGGGUUCUUGGAGGAUGGUGUCGCGAACGACAUGACACCUGGAUAUGGCCGCGCAGUCAUCAUUCUUGCAAGCAAUGAGACCACUGGACACGAUAGCUACAUCAUGGCUGAUCUUUGGAAGGACGAGCUUGAGAAGCUUCUUGCUCGAUCGGGCGCUUACAACAUGUCUGAUUCCAAGCAAGGCGGAGAUCUCUUCGACAUGGCCAAAGACGGGACAUCUAUUCCCGGUGAUGCCGGCAAACAAAACACCAUCAAGUCCGUUCCUAACCCUCACCAGCGCGAUGGCGAGGCUGCCGGCGGUCUUGGCUCAUCCGAUCUGGCUGGUGCAGCAGACAACGCAGUCCUUUCAGCUUCCGAAGGUCGAGAAUCUGGCGUUGGUGAGGGGAUCAGUGCGACUGGUCAUGAUAUUCCACAGUCUGUAACUGGAAAACCUGGUGGUCGGGGAGGAACACAGGGAAAGGAGGAGAUCAGAAGAGAUACGGGCGCUUUUGCGAAUAGGGAGAAUUAG